GAGGAAUCAUUUUCCGUCCCGCUGGGUCUUUUUUGUUUUAAAAUAUAAAAAUAAAGGUCACAAAAUGUGACUAUUUAAGCAAAUCUGCGAGUGGUAUGUCAGCUGAAUAAGUUGUAAACAUCACGGCUAACAGACGACUAUUUUAACAAAUUUUUCACUGAUAUUCCGACUUCUAGAAGUUCGUUCCAGGACAAGAACUAAACCUCGUCAAACAUUCGGCUAUUUGACAGCAGUUUUCAUUUUGACCUUGAGGCCUCGUCACCCUGCCCCAUAUACUAACAGUAUAAAUAAAAACAUUUUCUUUUCUCGAUCAGCUUUCGUUGGACUUGCACUUGCUUAUGUGAUCCAAACGGCGGUCAUGACUCAAUACGCUGUCAGAAAAUCAUCAGAUGUCGAGAAUUUCAUGACGUCUGUGGAACGAGUUAUGACGUAUACCAAGUUGGACCCUGAGUCUGGGUACAAUGUGGGACGACGUCCUCCUGAACAAUGGCCAAGUGAAGGAAAUAUCACCUUCCAAGACGUAUCAUUGACUUAUUAUCCGGGGGGACCCCAAGUGUUGAGGAAAAUCAAUCUUAAUAUUAAAGGAGGAGCAAAGAUUGGUGUCGCUGGUCGCACAGGUGCGGGCAAGUCAUCUUUUGUGGCAGCUUUGCUGCGCAUGCCUGACACUGAUGGAGAGAUAAUGGUUGAUGGUGUAAAAAUAAAGAAGAUUAACCUCCAACAAGCUCGAAGAUGUAUAUCCGUUCUUGGCCAAAGCCCUGUCCUGUUUAGUGGAUCACUCAGAAAAAAUCUCGAUCUCGUAGAGAGAUUCCAAGAUGCAGAUUUAUGGCGAGUUUUAGAGGAUGUGCAACUAAUAGAUUUGGUAGAAGGUCUGGAGGGACAGCUGGAUCACGAGCUGCUGGAACAUGGUGCAAACGUCAGCGUUGGAGAACGGCAGUUAAUUUGUUUGGCUCGUGUACUGUUACAGCAAAACAAGAUUAUCGUAUUGGAUGAGCCCACUGCACACGUGGAUCCACAGACAGAACAAACAAUGUGGAGUGUAGUACGUGAGAAAUUGAAGAAUUCCACAGUCAUCACAAUAGCUCAUCGUCUGAACACCAUCAGAGACUGUGACAAGAUUCUGGUUUUUAAGGAGGGAGAGGUGACCGAGUUUGAUACCUUUGACAUGCUACUGAGCGAUAUCAAUAGAUAGUGUACUCUGUGGACCUUCUCUCCGUCCGGAUAACAAUGAACAAUGAAGAAUCGUGCAUCGCUAUUGAUGAACUUAAGUCAUUGACAACAUUUUUUAUUUCUCAUAAUCAUCAAGGCAGUCGCUAAGAAAAACGUCUUCAAUUAAGUGGUGCUGGGUAACUGACUAUUAUUUUUUACUUGUUUUAUGGGAUGUUUAAGGUGUUAGUUUCACAAAGUUGAUGACCACUCGCUAGUCACAAGUUAAAUUUCCAUAACUUCAUCGAUUGUCAUCUAGCAAUCGUUAUCAAUUGCCUGAUUACUUACAAUCUUUUGUACUACCGAUAUCAUCUCUCUUGUAAUGAUGCACCUACAUGUUGAAAAAAAUAGGCAUGCAAGACGUGCAAGAGUUUUUUUUUAGGUGAAUUAAAAGCCUCUGGAGGAAGGAGCAUUUCAGUAGACUCCUAACUGUAAUGGUUAGGUUGAUAUCCGACAAGUUUGUCUAGUUACGAUCUACAGC